UUUUUUUUUUUCGUUUUUGCCUCUUUCCUGCUUGUUUUUACAGUUUGCCCCUUCUUUUUUUGCAGGUUUGCAGUUUCUUCUCGCCAAGAUAGACCCGUACAUAUUAUCCUAUGGCUGAAGAAGUUAAUUCAGCGGCCACUCCCGCUGCUGCCGGUCCAGAAACUAAUACUCCAGUGCAAACGCCGUCUUCCGACAAUUUCUUUGAAAAAGGUGGAAAUCCAACUGAAGUAAACGAUGCUGCUCCGCAAAAUGAACCAGAAAAACCAUUGUCACCUCCUAACCCUUCUCCAAGUCCUGAAAAACAUAAACUAGAGGACGAUGAACAUGAACAAGAAGCUAAGAAACAAAAGACUGAGGAAGAUAUAAAACAUGAAGAUGAUGAACCAAAACAAGCUGCGGAUGCAUCGUUACCUCAAUUUAGUGAGCCAGCUCCAAAACCUCCAAUGGAACCAGAUAUGAAUAAUUUACCUUCAAAUCCAAUGCCAAAACAUCAAACCAAAUAUGCUCUUAAUACUAUCAAAGUUAUCAAACGCUUAAGAGAUGCCAAUCCUUUUUUACAACCGGUUGACACUGUCAAAUUGAAUAUUCCCUUUUAUUAUAAUUAUAUUCAAAGACCAAUGGAUUUAUCUACCAUUGAACGUAAGUUGAAUGCAAAUGCUUACGAAGAGCCAACUCAGGUUGUGGAUGAUUUUAAUUUAAUGGUUAAUAAUUGUCGCAAAUUUAAUGGUGAAGCAGCAUCUAUAUCUAAAAUGGCUCUUAAUAUUCAAGCCCAAUUUGAGAAACAUAUGUUAAACAUGCCUCCUAAAAUCUUACCAAAUAAUGGUGAGGGUUCAAAAUCAGCUGUUCCUCUCAAUUCAAGAAGAAGAGCUAUUGUUGUUGAUUCUGAAUCUAAAAAGGAAUCAGUUGCUGCUCAAAGACCAAAACGUACUAUUCAUCCUCCAAAAUCAAAAGAAUUACCUUAUGAUGUAAGACCUAGAAAAAAGAAAUUUGCUGCUGAAUUAAGAUAUUGUAAUCAAACCAUUAAAGAAUUAACAUCAAAGAAACAUUAUAAUUAUAACUUUCCAUUUUUAUCUCCAGUUGAUACAGUGGCCUUGAAUAUUCCUAAUUAUAAUGAAGUUAUUAAAACUCCAAUGGAUUUGGGUACUAUUCAAACUAAAUUAGCUAAUAAUCAAUAUGAAAACGGUGAUGAUUUUGAAAAAGAUGUCCGUUUGGUUUUCCAAAAUUGUUAUAGUUUCAAUCCUGAAGGUACUGAUGUUAAUAUGAUGGGUCAUCGUUUAGAAGCAGUUUUUAAUAAAAAAUGGGCUAACCGUCCAAUUCCUGCUCCAACUCCUCCUCAAAGUGAAGGAGAAUAUACUUCUGAUGAAGAUGAUGAACCGGAAAUUAGUGAAGAUAUGUUGAGUGAAGUUCCUGCAAUUAAAUUUAUGGAAAAUCAAAUCACUAGAAUGAAGAUUGAAUUAGACGAAUUGAAGAAACAACAUCUUAAUCAAUUAAAAGAACAAAGAGAUGCAAGACGUAAAAAAAGAAGAUCUAAGAAAUCUAAAAAGUCAAGAUCUUCAACUAAUUUAAGCAACGAAUUAAAUUCAAGUAAUAAUGAUGCCGUAAAUAAUCAACCAGUGGUUACUUAUGAAAUGAAAAAACAAGUUAGUGAAUCGGUUCCAACCUUAUCUGAUAAAAAAUUACAAUCCUUGAUCAAAAUUAUUAAAGAUGAUAUCGAUUUAAGUAAUGAAGACGAAGUUGAAUUAGAUAUGGAUCAAUUGGCCGAUGGCACAGUUUUGAAAUUAUAUAACUUCUUAUUCGGUAAGAAGGCGGCUUCUUCUGCAAUGAAGAAAAAGAAGAGAAAUUUGGAUAAUAUUGAUCAAUUAGAACAAUUGAAAUCUCAAUUAUUGUUAUUUGAAAAUGAUAAUGAUGGCGAUAACUCUUUGAAUAAUAAUGCUGCAAUCAAUAAUCUUAAUCUUCUCGCUAAUCAACAAGAAUCUUCCGAUGAUGAUAUUAGUUCAGAAUCCUCUGAAGAAGAAUAACC